AUGAAUGUUAACGAGCUGAAUGGAGAUCUACGCGAGUUGUACUGUAAUAGAUCAUCCUUCCAGGUGCCAGACUAUGGCACUAUCAAGACAAAGACUGCCAUAUGGAAACUCGGCCCCAUUUUCUCUGAGCGUGAGAGUUGGGAUGUCAACGAUGACCUCUACCACGCUUACAUUACCGAAGCGGCUGGCGUUUGCGUUGCGACUCAGGUGGAGGGCCCUACUCCGGGCGUACAGGGCAUAGCGAAGAUACGAAUGCAAAUACCGAAUGACUACGAUGUCCCUGCACCUACCAAGCCUCAAAAAUCUAGCUUCCGGACUAGUCUUGAGGUCCUCAGUUUGAAGGAACUGACAGAAGCCGGAAGCACUUGCACUCCAAAGCUUCUGGAUCUUGCCUUUUUUAAACAGAUCCGGAAAAAUGACCCUCUUCCUGGUGGAUUUCUGACGUUUAUUAUAAUGGAAAGGUUGCCUGGGAGAAAUUUGGUCAACUUUCACGAGUUGCCUAUGUCUGAAAGAGACCAAGUCAGACUGGCCUUUGCCAAAACAAUACGGGAGUUUUAUGCCCGAGGAUACACCCACUGGGACCCCCAUCGUCGCAACCUGAUGUGGGACCGCGAGGAUAAAAAAUGCUACAUAAUUGAUCUUGAAGAUGUAUGCCAACUCGACGAUGACUACCCCCGAAAAGUAUUUACGCCAGAGAGAGAUUUCCAGGUCUGGGGGAUUGCAGACCCCGAAAUCAAUACAGGCUCGUUUGGCCUUGACCCAAUGGUCCCGCAUGAUUGCAAGUUCAUCCAGGACCCCGGCGAUGAGGAACUUGAGAAAAUGGCUCGGGAUGUUACUGGGAAGCCAUUGUACUUUGAAAGCAAAAGCCGUGGUGAAUGUCAGCCGUCAGAAAAUACCUCUACCACUGUGGUUGAAUCUUCAUAA